CUCUGUUUUUUUUUUUUAUGUUCGCGGUUGUUGUUUCGGACAUUAAUUGUGGUUUUGAUUUUGAUCUGAUCCGUUGUUUGUGUGUGGUUCAAUUUUCUCCGGCCAUUGCUGUUUCUGUUCGCCGGCGUUCGGUAUUCAUUCGAUUUAACGAGCUUCCUUUAUACCUAGAGAUUCUAGAGUUUCCUUUUUUAUUAAUGAUUUUCAGGGAAUUUGAGGUCAAUUUGACGUUUAAUUGGAAAAUUGGGAGAUAAUAGAUGGGGCAUGAAACAAAAUGUGUUUUCCACUUGUCGAGUCUCCAGAUCGGAGACUUGCAGUCAUAUCUUUCUGAUCUCAGUAUUUUUCUGGGCAACAAAAGUAAAAAGAUUUACAUAUUGGUGGACAACCGGCCAUGGUUGAAUCCUGGCACCAGAUCUGCUCAUUUCUGGCAACUUAUGGUUACAAAGUCCAGACUUUCCCCUUUUGCAAACACGAAAGGUCGAGGGGAGAAGAAAAAUCAGAGGCAGGAGGAGGAGAAGAUGGAAAAUCCAAAGCAGAAGGAGGAGCAUAAGCCUAAAGAGACGUGUUCUCAGCCCCAGCCUAACGAUAGAAAGAUGAAGAAGCUUAAGAAGUGGUUCUCAUUGAUAGAUGCCACAACUUUUUCGAAGAAGAAAAUACCUGCUAAGAAACUGCAGAGCGCUUUGUUUCUAAAAAAGCAGCUACACAAGACCUUGUACGGUUUCAUCGUGUUUGAAGUUGAAUGGGCCAAUGUCAGGGGUAUCAAUUACUUGAAUGAACUACUGACAGACACGUCUCUUGCUAUAGAAGCUAAGUUGAUGCGAAGGUGGGAGUUUGAGAGUAUCGAUCAAGCUGUAAAAAGCAUGUCUCAGUGGUUCUCUGGAUCAAAAGCUGAAAAGUCUUGCUUGAGGGAAUAUCUCGACUCAACUAUAGGAGAGGUUUUUUAUGACGCUGAAGCAGAAUUCUCGAAAACUUCUCCUGUUGAUGAUGAUGACAACCUCAGCAGCGACAAUCUUUCUGGUGAAUAUGACUCUCCUUGCUGCUCCAGAAGUGUCUUCAACGUUAAUCAUUCUGCUGCAGAUUAUGAUGAAAACGAGCCUCACACACCGCCUCUGACUGGACCGUACAAGAGAAGAAGAGUAACUAAGGCAAUCAGUACCGGAGUUGAAAUUGACUAUAUGGAGGAGACACCAAAAAGAAAAGAUAACUCUGUGGACCAUUGGGAAAGCCAUGUACCUGAUGGUGAGAACAUCAUUGAAGCAACCCAAUAUAAGGAUCUUCUAGUUCUUGUUAGGUGUGGUGACCGUGAUCUCCCUUUCAAAUUGCGAGAGGUUAUAAUGGCUGACAUACGCUUGCUGACUUUACUAGAAGCUGGUCUCCCUUCAUGGGUCUUGUUUCUGCAGUCUUAUCCUGGUUUCUGUCAUCUUUACCGACCCUGGAUGUGCCUUUUUGCGAGAGCAUUAUAUGUGAUGAUAUCAGUCGUCACCGUUGUGAUUGGUUUUUAUGACCUGUACAAAAAUGUCCCUGUUCUGAAGGCCACUGCAUCUCGGUUAUGCGGUCCACUCUUUGAUUGGGUUGAAACUUGGGACAUGGUAUCACGGAUAAAGUACUUGGGAACGAUGUUGUUUCUUCACAAUUUUCAGAAAGCUGUCAAGUGGGCUUUAACCAUGGCACGUGCUAUUCAGCCAUUUGUUUCUUUACUCAUAAUGCCUCUGGUAAAUCCUAUCAUAGAUACUCUCGGUCUACUCCUACCUUUGUGGAAUUCAUUGGCAGAAACAGUGGCGAGCUUGGUUUCAGUAGUUUGGAUAGUGAUCGAGUCUGGCUGGAAUCUUGUUGGUGAUGUGGUAGAAUUGGUGUUUUUGCCCAUUUGGUUUAUUGGCUCACUAGUUUGGAACGUCACAAAUACUGUUUUACUCCCUCUAUUCUGGAUCAUAUGGGAAGUGGUAUAUGCACCGAUCAGAGUGGUUGCUGCCUUGGCCAGUGGUUUAUCUUUAUCCUUCUCAUACAUAUUCGAUGUUCUUGGAGAUUUAUGGAGGUAUAUGAGCAGCGUACUUCAGGUUGCAUCAGAUUCUCAAGCAGCUGUGAAGACUUAUGAAGUCUCCAUGUGGCGUACGCUUUGGAACGACCUCUUUUCUCAUGUUUUUCGUGCUGUCAGGAGUAUACUGAACGGUUUUGUGGCCUUCUUUGCUGCCUGUAACAGACAUCGGCUUAGUACAUAUAAUCACAUACAAGACUUUAUGGAGAGACUACAUGGACGAACCACGAGACCAGAAUCUCUAGACUCAAGACAUGGCAAAUCUGCUAAGAGCAAUCAACGUACAGGAGACGGAACUAGAAGGAAAUUGCACCUUGCAUAGAACUCAAAACCAAAUUCUCAAUUCUUUUCAUUUUUUGUUCUCUCCUUUUACCGGAUGUGAUAGGUUCUUAGAGUAUGUAUAUAGAUAGGUUUUGUGUCGCAGUCUGGCAGACGCCAAGAAGCAUUGUCCCAAAUCUGGCAAAUCAUGUUGUAUAUAGGAAAGGAGUCACACUCACACACACUCACGCUUCUUGCAAAUAUCCUAGUGACGUCCUCCUCAGAAUUGGUAAGUUUUGGAUGUAUAAACGAUAACAAAAAAAGAAAAGAGAGCAUGAAGACUAGAGCUUAAUCAAACUGUAGAACAUGCAACUGUUUCGAUUUUAUAUAUGUAUUUGGAAGAGUUCACACAAAUUAAGAAAAUUUUAAAUUAUA